AUGACCAGAGAAGAAUUCAUGGAGAAGAUGCCUGAAGUCCUUGGCCAUGGGACCAAGGAGGAAUAUGGAGAACUGUUUGAUAAAGUUGAUGUGGCCCAGGCUGACAGUAUCACUUGGGACAACCUUAUCUCCUUGAUACUGUUGAACCUCAAAGAGAAAGAUGAACGAGCCAGAUCUGCUGUGAUUCCCCAAUGGAAGGAACCCCAGCUGCUUCCAAUGAUACACAAAGACGUUAUCCAGAACAUCAUCUUCUUGAAAAGCUCAAGCCGUUAUCUGACUAUAAGCAAGGAAGGUUUGCUUGGGGUUUGGGAAGAGAGUUUAAAACUUCAAGAAAAAAUUCCUAUCACAUCAGACACUAUCAAGCUGAAAACCAUGUGGGUGACAAACUUGGUCCCUCUGGAAAAUGUAAACAAGAUAGCUGUGGCUUCCACAAGCAAAGAGAUUUGUUUCUAUGACCUGCUCUCAAAUAAGGAAUUCCCUUGUCAAUACAAGCUUCAAGGCCUUAGGAACACUCCUGUAUGCAUGCAUUAUUGGUAUAACCCUCAGGAUGCAAAUGAAUCAGUGCUCACUUUUGGGGACAUAGCUGGAAAGGUUCAAGCAAUUGUCUUCAACACUGCCUUGAUCUCCUUGUUUGAAAAACCAACCACAAGUUCUUCUGAAGAUGAGGAAACUACGAUGAUCAUCAACUGGAGAGAACUGGUAUCUGGCUAUCAUAGGUGCUGCUCAACGUUAGAGCACAGGCUUCAUAAUCAGGAAUGGGUCCGGCAAGUGAUUUAUGAUGCUUCUUUAGAUGCCAUAAUUUCCAGCACAACCAGCCAUGUAAACACAGUGGUACUCGCUUGGAGGGAAAAAUCCAAGCAGAAGUGGAUUAAGAAGACAUGUUUCAACAUCACCCAGGGCAUUAACACUUUCGACUACCACUCUCGCCUCAAUUUAAUUGCAACAGCUGGACUGAAUCACAGAGUUUGCCUCUGGAAUCCUUAUGUUGUCUCUAAACCCACUGGGGUGCUGUGGGGUCAUUCAGCCCCGGUAAUCGCUGUGCAGUUCUUCACUGCCCGAAAACAACUUUUCAGCUUCUCUAAAGAUAAAGUGUUGAGACUCUGGGACAUCCAACACCAGCUCUCCAUCCAAAGGAUCGCCUGUCCGUUCACAAAGAGUCAGGAGUUCAAAUGUCUCUUCCAUUUUGAUGAAGCUCAUGGACGGAUUUUUAUUGCCUUCAAUAACCAGCUAACAUUACUGUCAAUGAAAAAUGAGACCAGCAAGGUCACAAGUCAUGAAAAACCAGUCACUUGUGUGCUGUACAACUCACUCUUCAGGCAGGUUAUCAGUUCUGAUACAGAAUCUACUGUUUCCUUCUGGAUGAUAGACACUGGGCAGAAAAUCAAAGAGUUUACGGGUUGCCAUGGCAAUGCAGAAAUCAGCACCAUGGCCUUAGAUCCAAGUGAGAAGAGGCUUUUAACUGGUAGCCCAGAUGGUGCAAUAAAGAUUUGGGAUUUCAAUGGACAUUGCCAUCAUACCCUGAAUGUGGGUCAAGAUCGAGCCGUGGAUAUUUCUCAGAUUCUAGUCCUAAAGAAGACUAUAAUAGUGGUAGGCUGGGAGAGGGCAAUUACUGUCUUCCGACUUCGUGACUUCACUCCAUUUUUGGUUCAGCCUGAAGAAUGGAAAGGAGGGGCACAGCAUCGUGAGGACAUCUUAUGUGCUGCAUUUUUACCUCCACAGACUCUGGUUACAGGGAGUUACGAUGGGGAAAUUCUCAUAUGGAAUAACAGCACGGAAAAUGCUCACCAUGUCCUGCACCCGUAUUACCAAAGACGACUCCAUUUGCAAUCAGAUACUCACUCUCAAAAGCAACCCAGGGUUCAAAGGGGUCUCUCUUCUCCCCUCUCUGCAGGGGACACCCUUCUAGGAGUUAACUCCUCUGAGAUUGACACUGAGGGAAAUCAUGCUGUUAUGAAGCUUUCCUUCCUGGAAGCUAGAAAAACGAUUACAGUGACAGGAGGAGCCAACUUGGUCUCCUGUGGAGGAUCUGGUUAUGUCAGGUUCUGGAAUAUCUUUAAGAAGCAGCUUGUGGCUGAGUUUGUGGCCCACAGUGGAGCUGGAUCCAUUAUCAUGACCAUUGACAAGACCAAUCAGCACCUUAUCACAGGAGAUCCCAGUGGUUGUCUGAAAAUAUGGAACAUUGAGGAAUAUUGCCUUCAUUUCAAUGAGAGCCAAGUUUUCCAGCCUCCACCUCUACGAAGAUCAUUUCAACCUCAUGAGGAUCGAAUCAGUUCUCUGGAGACUUGUGCACAUGGCAGCCGCGUACUGAUCAUUGCCUCUUCUGCAGACGGCAGCGUUUCUGUCAGUGAAGUCUGGGGCUCUCUGAUUGGAAUAUUUGGUCAGAUGGAACACUGGCGAAUUAAAAAUCCUGUCCCCCCUCCUCAAAGCGAUGUAGGAGGGGAAAUUCCAGCCAUUGAAGAUGCCCCAGGGGCAAUUGCUUUACUUUCUGAGGUCUCCACAGAACAAACUGAGACUGAUAUGAAGGAUAAAGGAGGCUUAAGCAGCAUGUUCAACCAAGAGGAAAAUACAAAUUUCAACAAAAACCCUCAGGAAAGCACAACUUUAAAGAAAAAGACAUACAGAUUCUGCCAUGGUGGAGUGCUCCAAAAGUCAUCAAGUGCAUUUAGGUCAUUACAUAUUGGAACCCUGGAGGAGGUGGCCGAGGUGAACAAACCUGAUUUCCUUGUCAACCCUGAGAAAUACUUCAGGGAAAAGCCAGAGGAGGGAUGCCCUAAAAACCUAAAGAUUGCCUCACUUGCAGAAACACUGAGAGCAGCAUUUGAUGAGAAAAGCCUGUUCCCCAAAGAAAUCCUGGAUCGGGAACGAAAAGCCAAGCAAUUAUGCCAGCAAACAUGCAGUAGAGGAAAGAUAAAAAGAAAUCUGAAGCAAAUAUCACUGAAAGAAAAGUAA